AUGGCCGAUGCAGGUGCUUCAGCGCCACCCCCACAGAAUGGUGCUCCAAAAGCCACCCCAAAGCCGCAGAAUCCUGCCCUUAGGAUGCUUGGCCUCCCGAACUUCCGUUUCCGACUCCCCUCCCGAAAUUGGAUGAUCUUUCUCACUGUUACGGGAUCGUUCUUCGGCGCAUUAAUAUACGAUCGGCGGGAGAAGAAGCGCAUCCAGGAAAAGUGGUCCAAUCUAGUCGCUCAUAUAGCUAAAGAACCAUUGUCUACAAACGAAUCACGGCGAAAACUUACGAUUUUUCUUUCUGCGCCCCCUGGAGAUGGCCUAAUGAGUGCUAGAGACCAUUUUAGAGAAUACGUAAAGCCCAUUCUUGUAUCAGGGGCCAUAGAUUACGAAGUUUUGGAAGGAAGGAAAGAAGGCGACAUCAGAGCCGCCUUAGCCAAGAAGAUUCGAGAGAGAAGGCAGAAAGCUGGCGAAGGCCCCAUCGCAGAGGAUGACGAACGCGCAAGCUCCUUAAAACGGGUUCAAGAACUCUUUGGUAUACAUGAUGAACCAGGUGUCAAGGGUGAUGUGGUUAUUGGCCGCCAUACAUGGAGGGAAUAUAUCCGCGGACUACACGAAGGGUGGCUCGGGCCCAUGACCGCUCCUGUUGACCCCGAGGCCGAAUUCGAGCCCAUUACACCUCCCAGCGAGAUACCAGCUGAGAGUGAAACAACUGCUUCGGGGUUCGAAGAUGGUGCACUUUCAGCAACAGAAGAGAAAAAAGAAGAGAAGAAACCAGAUGAGAAGAAACCUGAAACAAAGAAGCCAGCUAUUCCUACUCCUUCCUACCUUUACCCGCCUACAUAUUCUGCCCAAGAGCUCCCCCGCUCCCUGCCGGAUAAAUUACAACCUUCGUCGCCAAUAGCAUUCCCACAUAUCUUAGGAUUUUUAAAUACUCCUAUCCGAAUCAAACGGUUCCUUACCCGUCGGUACCUCGCUGACAGCGUGGGAAGGGACGUUGCGGCCAUUGUUCUGGCGUCUUUGUAUAGACCUUAUUCAGAUAACCACCAAAAAUCAACUUUAGAAUAUAACCAUACCGAUUCACCCACAGGGUCUUCGUCAUCACUGGACUACGAACAACAGCACGUUCUUGAAGAUGAAGAGAAAGAAUGGCACAAAUCAGUACACAAGACUUCUGAAAACCCAGAUAUCAAGGAGCGAGAGUGGUUGGACGAUAUAGUUCUUGACCCGCGGAUUGCGUCGAGAAUGAGAAGGUUCGUUCUUCCGUCAGAUCAAGAGCAGAGAGCCGCACGCAUAAUGGAGGGCAAAGAGUGGGUUCUUGGGGAAGAAAGGCCAGUUCCUGUUCCUAUAUGGCGACAAAUAUGGAACAAAUACGGAUGGGGGGAAGACGACACGCAGAUGAAAGUGAUAAUUGGAAACAUAGAUAAUGAGGAUGCCUAG